GCUACGAUGACGGAGAAGGUUCCCUCGUUCUCCCCUGGCUCCACAGUGAGCUCCGCUCUGCCCGGUUACAUCACUCUCUGCUUCACUCUACAGGUUCUCAGGCUGGUGUCAGCACAGUUCACAGUGACUGGACCUGACCAUGCAGUCACUGCCUCCCUAGGUGGGGAGGCCGUCCUGUCCUGCCACCUGUCCCCCAGGAUGAGCGCUGAGAACAUGGAGGUGGGAUGGGUACGAUCCCAGGACUCUGAAAUAGUGCACCUGUACCGUGAUGGGCAGGAUCAGUAUGGACAGCAGAUGCUGGAAUAUAGUGGAAGAACUGAGCUCCUGAGAGAUGACAUCACCAAUGGGAGAGUGUUCCUGAGAAUAUACGAUAUCCAACCCUCCGACAAUGGGCCGUACAAGUGUUUUUUUCAGUCCAGUAUCUUUUAUAAAGACGCUUUAUUGGAACUACAGGUGGCAGGUUUGGGCUCUGAUCCUGUCAUCUCUGUGGAGGGACAUCAGGAUGGAGGGAUCCGUGUGGUGUGUCAAUCAUCCGGAUGGAACUCACAGCCCGAGGCUCAGUGGAGAGAUCUCCAGGGGCAGAUCUUACCAUCGGCCUCUGAAAACAUUGCCCAAGAGGCCAAUGGCCUGUUUCAGGCAGAGAUUGCCAUUGUUAUAACAGAAGAGUCCAACCAGAAAGUGUCCUGCUGUGUCAGGAAUCCCCUACUCGACCAGGAGAGAAAGACAGCAAUUUCCCUAGCAGAGCUGUUUUUCCCACGAGGCAAUCCCUGGACGGUGGCUCUGGGGGUGAUCCUGCCUCUCCUGGCUGUUCUCACUGCCCUGGCCAGUUACUGCUUCUGGAGGCAAAGCAGAGUGAAAGAGGCUCUGCAAUCUGAGAUGGAGAGACAGAAAGCCCAAGGAUACGCAGUGGACGUGACUCUGGAUCCAGACACGGCAAAUCCCUGGCUCGUCCUGUCUGAGGAUCGGAAACGUGUGAGAGACGGAGACAAACGACAGAACCUGCCUGACAACCCUGAGAGAUUUGAUCCUUGUGUCUGUGUCCUGGGCGCUGAGGGGUUCGUGGGCGGGAGGCGUUACUGGGAGGUGAAGGUGGGAGAAAAGACAGGCUGGGAACUGGGGGUUUGUAGGGAAUCUGUGCGCAGGAAGGAGCUGGUCACAUACACACCUAGGAAUGGAUACUGGGUCAUGGUGCUGAGGGAUGGGAAAUACUCUGCCUGCACCUCCCCCUCGACCCCCCUCCCCGUGAGCGUCAGGCCCAGGCAAGUGGGGAUUUUCCUGGACUAUGAGGCGGGCGAGGUCUCGUUUUACAAUGUGACUGACAGGUCCCAUCUCUUCACUUUCACUGGCACCUUCUCCACGACGCUCCGCCCUUAUUUCAGUCCUGGUUACAGUGCUGGGCCUACAAACACGGCUCCCCUGAUAAUCUGCCCGGUCCCAGCUCAGGCCGGAGGGAAUCUCGGCCCCUGACAGUGACCCCGCGGCACAGACUGGCCCCUCCCAGCGCUGCUGUAACUGGAUUUUUUUGUGCUGCCCAGACGCUGCCAGUUUCCCUUUUCAGCUGGAGUAGAAACCCGGACACCUGGCAC